AUGAGCAAAUCACCGGGAAGUGUCGUGUCGUCAGAUGAAACUCAAAGUAUCAGCGAUGAAUCGUUGGCCAUUUCAGCAGCCAACUCGCAAACUUCGCUGAAAUCGGUUGGUGUCACCAAGGGACCGAAGAAACCACCCAAGGACGUAGAGCACCAGUCGGCGACAGCCAAAGAGAGGCCACCAUGGCGUCCCGCAAGCGUCACCGCACUACCUCCUCCACCGAAACCGGACAUCAAAACCCGCCUUCUUGAGGCUUCCAAACGGAUGCGCCGUGUCAAUGCGUCAGUGCAAACCGAUCCGGUCCACACGAAGCUGAUGAAAGAAGUGUCCACCGAUGAGCAGACGGAUUUGAUUCCGAUGGUCGACGAAGAAAUACUCACCGACGGCAACCUGGUGAUGAGAGAGAUCGGCAACCUGAUCCUUACCCAUUCGGUGGCCCAAAUGACGGAAGGCGUGAAGACCUGCGACAGUGGCACUCAAACCGCCAUACCGCGAAGUGGCAUUUCGUUUCGCAAGUUUUUGGACCCUUUGACCGGAAGCGAACAGCCACUGGCGGCAACUCCUGCGCCAGCACCGGCAACAGCAUCCGCCGUGAGCGGACAGCCGAAACCGUCCGCGUCGGACAAUUCAGAAGCAGCAUCGAAGGGAGAGGAACCACCGGGUGAAAGUUUCUUUAUGGCAACGAUCUGCUCGUCGCGGAGCAGCAGCGACAGCAUCAAGGAACCGAACACACCGGAUUUGAUUUGCGCCACGGUCGGGGGUGACCCAUCGCCCCACCGGGGACACCUUCUCGAAACGCCUACGUUUGCUGCGUGGCAAGAUCUGGACUUUUCCGACGACGACUCGGAGCAGUACGUGGCUCGCGAGUUACCGCGCCGCUCGAUCGGCGAAGGCGAUCGGCCGUGGGCUGAAUUUAAGGAUCUUGUUAUAGGUUCACGGGUGGUCAACAUGCGGCUCUCGCCCAUUCCCCCUAGGCGACCGCGUGCCCCAAACCAGAAGACCGUCACCUGGAGCGAUCGGCAGCAUCGGGCCGUCUCGAAGCUGCUGACUGAAGCGUCCGCUCUGGUCGAUAUGUUCGAUCAUGUUUCGCUUCUGCUGGGACCGGACAUCGAGCUGCACAAGUUGCCGCCGCAACAGGAGUUUAGUCUGCCACCACCGAAGUGGGAACCGUUACUGGCCAAGUCCUGCGACCUACUAGAGGAAAAGCUGGCCCAGGUGCGCCAUCUAUCGGUGGGCGAUUUCGACGAAAGCAGCCGAACCUGUAAGGAGCUGGACCCCACUGGACGAAUGUCCUGCGUUUCGCCCCUUUCCUGUGAUAUUGGCCCUGAAAAUGUUUAAAGCGCGUUUUGGUUGCGGUAGCCAGAUCCAACGUUUAUUUCACAAGCUUUUACCACAUUCGAAGAGCACCAACGACUAUAGCGCACCACCAAGUCCAACCGUGCACGUGUGAAGAAGCUACUGCACCCGAAACUCGAUCGUUACAAUUGUCCGCGCCACACUCAUCGCAUACGGUCAACUGAAAAGCGCUACCAAAUGCUUCGGUUGCCUGAACGGCCAGUAGAGCACAUUCGCCACUCACCGCACAGCCACGCCAUAUCCGUUCGCCUGCGCCAGUAGCUUGCAGCCGGUAAUAGCCACAGGUCAAUUGUACCGGAUUGUCCGCCGAGAAGACUGGGCAUUGCUCCGUGCUCAUGGUGCUAAGGUCGUCGCAGUUCCCAUCGCUGCCGUCGGUGUCACAAGUGUAGCACUGCAAGGCAUCCGACGGUAUCAGUAAGGCAAUCACAAGCAGCGACGCAGCGAUCAUGAUGGUCAUUUUACUUGUCUGGUCGCGGAGUCUAGUAGAACUGAUGGUAGCAAUUUUGGCUUAGCGACUAUCUAGUCACGGCGCAGCGAACUUACGAUGAGUGGCACUCUAUAGGAUGGCGCUCUCCAGCUUGCCAGCCAUCGGUCACCCGGAAAACGCCCUGGACAAUUGGCCGCCCAUGAACGUGGCUUAUCGACAAUCGAGGUCCGUUUGAGUAGCUCGCAGUAAAGGAUAGGCUGUACGUUGUGCUCGUUUUCUAAUCUUAUUUACACCUUUAUUAUUGUCUUAUCGAAGUUGAUGUUUGAUAAUCAUAAAAUAAACUUAACAGGCAACGAGAACGAGUAAGAGAAACAAUCAAUAGGAGCAAAAUAACGUUAUCGUCCUGCAGUCAGUGUGUGUCAGGAUAGAACUACAGUAACUCAAGAAUACUUGAAACAAACGUAUACAGUAGAACCGAUAAAUAUAUGUUUAGUACGUUAAACACUAGACACUUCACUUCCGGCUACUAACGAUCGGGGACAGGAGAACUGCGGACGUGGGAAUUAAACUAAAACCGGACUAGCAGGCAGCUGUAAGCUUUGUGGCGGUGCGUUGCUGGAGAAAUGCUUGAAAUGCUUCAACCCCAAGUUCGAGUUGCGGGACGGUAUGCGAGCUGGGAGUCGAUUCGACAAAAGGACCCAUCGGCACUGCUGUGGCCCACGCCCGGGAGACAAGGUUUGCCGCGGUACAAUUCUACCCGAUAUAGACUUGUGGGGGCCGCUAUACCAAUCGAAUCGAUGUGGCAAACCUUCGGAAGCAAGCUGUGGCAGAGUGGCUGUUCCGUUUUGCGCCGAUUCAGAGCUCGCCGUCGGUUCCUCGGCUUCUAUGUGGUUCCUCUAUAGCCUAGUCUAGGGAUGCGUUGUCCGCAUGAGGGGUGGACAACGCUUCGGGGGAGCUGAACAGUUCGAAAUGCAG